GCCAAGCGCCACUCAGUUUACUACAAACUCAAAUCGACGACGCAUGUCGCUUCUCUCGUUGUUGUGACCGUGUGUAUGGUGCUAGUGUAAUAACAUAACAGCAAAUUGUUUCGUGCUGUGAUAAUUUGUGUGGUGUAACCCCGUUCAUAAAACCGGGCUUAUCAAAGUUAUUGUGAUGCAGUUGAGCAUAUUCCUAUGGCUGUCUUGUGUAGCCCUCGCAGGAUAUGUUCGAGCGACAGAGGAGGGUGCAACUGGCGUUCCGUCAACGGAAGGCGCAGUACACCAGCACGACGACCCGCUCGCGUCAGACAAGGAUCUAUUCAUCGACGAUGAUGGUUCCGGUGUAGAGAUCGACGAGAGCUCCGGCUCCGGGUGGGGUCCCGGGCCCGGUCCGGACGACGAGGACGGCCGCGCCGGUUCAGGUGACGCACCCAAUGCGCCUGAGGAUGACGAAGACUUCACUCUACGUACCACCACGACACCGGAACCGGGUGACUUCGAUUCAGACUAUUCGGAGGAGCACAUGAUCGACUCGGUUCCGGAAACCGCACCCACAAUCCUGCCAGUAGACAAGUUCGAUGUAGUCAGUCCUCGUAUAUUAUCUAAACCAGAGGAAGCACCAGACACACGCGGAUCGGAGGAACAGUCUCCUCGUCCAGAUCAGACAGACAUUAGUAUAUCCGGGGAAGACAUAAACCCGCCUAUUGACCAAGACAAGUCUGGUUCGAACCUCGAACCGGAGUCGCGUCCGGCGGAUAACGUCGUGUUCAUCAUGAACGCUAAGUCCGAGGAUCGCGCCACCAGCUUUUUCGCGCAGCCUGGCAUACUUGCGGCUGUGAUCGGCGGAGCGGUGGUAGGACUGCUAUGUGCGAUUCUGGUGGUCAUGUUCAUAGUAUACCGCAUGCGUAAGAAGGACGAGGGCUCAUACGCGCUCGACGAACCAAAGAGGAGCCCCGCCGCAGCCUCCUACGGGAAGGGUCACAACAACCGGGAGUUCUAUGCGUGAGACCACACAGAACAAACUCUGCCACAAGUUUAUUAAACGAUACACAAACAGCAUAUUCAAAAUGGCGGAUAACGCCGUUCCAAAUUUAAAUUCUGAUAUUGGCAGUUGCAACCCGUUCGUCGCUUCGAACGUUUCUAUAAUAAUGUGGCUAAAUUUGUUCUGUGAAUAUGGAUAAUAAAAUAUAUCCAAUAAAUUUAUCAACAUGUAAAUGUACUGAUUGUACUUUGUUAUGUACAAACCAUGUACGAUCUAAUGUUGUCUAAUCGACAUUCGAAUUUGUGUGAAUUGAAUUUUAUGAAAAUAUCAAUUUUAAGACCAAAUUUUUAAAUUCAACGAGGUGUUGAUGUUCAUAAACUGUCUUAAGUCUUGGUGUACUAUAUACUGGACAGUAGCAGCCAAAGCGUAAACUGUUAAGAGUAAAAGACAAAGAGAGAGACACAAAUCGACUCUUGUCUCAUCUUUUUGUUUCUUGUAAAUAACAGCUGAUGCUAUUGGUCAAGUCUUCAACGUGAUCAAAGCCAAUGUGUUUUGAAUGUUGAAGUAUCACAAGUUUUAAUUUAAACUUAACGGAAGAUCUUGUAUAAUGUUGUUCUGUAAAAAAUAAAUGUGCCAUCCGCUUCUUUCGAUUGUAUAUUUGCCAAUCAUAUGUUAGUUUUAUCUUCAUCGCAUAGAUUAUAUUCUAACUGUAGCCGAUAAUCUAUGGACACGUCCAUAUCUUGUUUGUGUAUGUCAUGUAUAAAGUUAUUAUUUGAAACCUUGUAAAAUAAAUACCAGAGUAGAAAUUUAACAAAAACCAUUGCAUUUUUUAAAAACAUUUAAUAAAUAAAAAGAAUUAUUGAAAUAAAUUCAAUUACUCUCUUCAAUAAUCAACUAAAACCAUUACAUGGAUUGUUGGUUUUGUUUUACGAGGUUUCAACAUAAAAGUUAUAAUUAUAAGCGUAUUAAAUUAAAUACAUACAUAUAUCACAUACUAUUUGCAAACGGAUGUGUAUCGCCGAGUUCUAGAAAAUCAUAUUAACCUUUCAGAACAACGGGCGUCGCAUUGUAAAGUGUACGUUAUGACAAUCUGUAUGAAAUUGACUAUAGAAUUUUUCUUUGUGUUCCUCUAGUUUAUAAGUCUUUUGUAAUUGUUUUUUUAUACUAACUAUGUGGGGUUUAAUCAUUAUUCUGUUUUAUACUUUUAAUUAAUUUUACUUACUGUAAUUUAAGACUUUUUGUCAUGUCGGCUAUGAUUGAAUUAACACAUGUUAACACCAUUUUGGUUGUAUUUUUUAUAUAACAAUCAGUUUCCGUCAGUGCGCAACGAAUUUUGAUUCCAAUUUUCAUUUCAUGAUGACAAUAUUUUUUUAUAAUCACUUGAAUUUUUUUAUGCGUUUUAAUACAAUCGCCUAAUAUUUCGUUGCCAAGUUAUAUGUGACAAUUCAGUCAAUUAAUUUAUUUAAAUUAUAUUUAAUAGUCGUGUAUCAUUGAUUAUAUCAAAUUAUAAAUUAAUCAAUUAGUAAUAUACGCGUAUGUGUAAUUUUAAUAUAAUAAUUGUGAAAAUUGGAAUACGGUUCGGAAAUAUUGAAAUAAUACUGCUAGAUAAAUAGUGUAUCGAGAAAUAUUGUUAUCUAAAAUGUAUUUUCGAAUACUAACUGCGUUUAAGGUAAUAUAAGGAUAAAUUAAACAAGUAUCAAAUUACUAACGUUACAGUAUAUACUCCCUGCCCGAUUAUAAAGAGAGGGAAAAGGACGCUGUAUAUGACGCGCUUUGUCACACUUCCCGUAAGUGUCUUAUGGGACGCCGUAGUGACACUCCCAUAGUCGUAUUGGUGUAUUUACAAUUUUAUUUUGUUUAUUACAAAACAAAGUCAAACAUCGUCGAGUACAAAAUUAAUUGAAAGUAAACCAAUAUUUUCAUUUAUAAUAAAUCGGAACAUAAAUGUACUGUCAUGAAUAAAAUAAAAUCAUAAUGUUAUAAUAUAUAUACUUUACGAAGUAACUGAAAUUCGUUUUUAAAUUAUUGGAUAUAGAAAGUCUGUUUCGUGAACAGCGAGUUUCUGAUAUUACCAUAAUAAGUUAUGAGUUAACAAAAAUGAUAAACCAUUUCUAUUAUUUUUAACAUUUUACUUUGUAAUCUAUGCAUCACUCAAGUAUGAAUACAGUUUUUAUAAAUAGACACGAUAGAAAGACAAUAGAUAUUUGGAAAGUAUUGAUUACUUGAAAACGCAGCUAGUAUUAGUUAUCUGCUAAAACAUUCCUCUGCGAACAGAUUAAAAAUAAUAUCCUAAAAUAUUAGCUAUGACGCUCACUUAGUAUAAGUAUCUGUACAUUAUUAUUGUAAAUUCUUUUAGAUCUAAUGCUACACUAAUUUAUACAAUAACAUAGUAAUUCAGUAACCAAAUAUUAUUGAUUCUUUUUUCAAAUAGUCCAUAAAUAUAACAGAAGCUUAUAGGUAUUUUUUUUUAAAUUAACAGAUAAAAUAAAAUAAUUAAAUAUUAAACUUGGCUAGUUUAAAUAUAUGAUCUGUGACCAUUUUAAUUUUUAAAUUUAUGUGGUUUUUUUAUAUUUUACCACAUAGACCAAGUUUGAUAGCUUGUUAAUAACGCAGCGCAAAAGUGACAUGUUGCUCUUCAUGGUGCGUUUCUACUGAAAUAUUUGUUACAAUUACUAUGCUUGCAACUUUUUCAAAUAUUCGGCAAGCCACCAACAAUUACACACAGUAUCAAAUUUUGUUCACAAUUUACGGAAAAAUUUGACACCAAGGUCUGUUGACAACACAAAUGUGUUUUUCAUUCUUUUGCAUUACAUGUUACAAAUUAAAAUAAAUGUUGGAGAUUUUUUAUCUCUUGUUAUAUAAGUGUUAAAAAAAAUUACAAAUAAGUACGUCACUUUUGUCCUGAGUUAUGUGUGGCAUUAUUAUCUGUGGCAUCAAUAAUUAGCAGUGCAACAAUGUUAUGCAAGCUAUUCGAAUUGUAUGUUAAGUCAUUUUGCAUUUAAGGUCACGCGACUCAUGCUGUUUAUAAAUUAAAAUGGCGUGGGAAUAUUCUUUAUUCAAAUAGACAUUUUUUUUUGCUCAAAUUUUUCAUCCAUGGACAAUUUUUAACAAUUGUAUCCAUAUUGUAUCUGAAUAUUCAAAAAAAAUAAUCAUUCAUUUGUAAAUUUUUAAUUAUUGGCAGCUUUUUACAUUAUAUUUUAAUAUGAUAUAAAAUGUAUGUAUAAUCUAUGAAAUUAUUUUGCAGUUAUUUUAAGGGUUUAUUUCACAAACAAUUUAUUUCAGUAUAAUUCAAUUAAAAAUAUUAAUUUCCAAAAUAUAUCUCGCUAUUCCUUUUUUUGGAAUUAUCCAAAAGUAGAGUCAGUUUUAAUUAUUUCUAGUACCUUUAAAUUAUAUUGAAAUAAAUCGUGUAUGUUUUCACUAUGUAUAUCAGAGUUUAAAAUUAUUUAAUACAGCUUUGAAUGGUGCUUAUAAUUAUUUUAUUACAAUGGGUAUUGAAAUAGAGUAUAAAAUAUUUCCAUUUAAACAUUUUUAACCCUUAAUAUUUUACCCACAUGAUAUUUUAGUAUAUUAUAUCCGCGGGCUUGGACAAAUGCAUUCGAAGAUUGCCAAAUAUAUUCUAUCAUUAUUUGAUCACGUGACAUAUCAAAUAUAGUGUGUCAUUUUGAUGUAUUCUACAAAAUAAUUUGUCAAUCGAUAUGCAAUUUGUCUAGACCCACUGAGUCAUUAUCAUUAAACUAAUCAAUGGUGAAAUGAAUCCUUAAUAUAUUAUAUGAUUUUAUAAUAAUGACUAAUGUUUUCGAUUAAGGCUAGAUUUAGGGUAGGCAUAAAUAUAUCGAUGUCCACCUUGUAAAUAAUGCUCCUUUACACAUAGGUAAUUAUACAGGUCAUUAUGAACA